UAUAAAACAAUUAACAAUUGGUUCACUUAAUGAGAGUGUUUAAGUUGUCCCAAUGGGGUAGAAAAAUGCUAGGCCAUCUAUGGAGAGGGUAACAGGGAGGCUCCUCUCGACCACCUGAGGGACACAGUGUGGAGGAACCUGUUCAAGAUUCUCUCAGGACAAUCAAGUUCUCUAAGUUCUCAAAGUUCUCUCAAGUUCUCAAGUUCUCUCAAGUUCUCAAAGUUCGCAAAGUUCUCUCAAAGUUCUCAAAGUUCUAGUUCUCAAAGUUCUCUCAAAGUUCUAGUUCUCAUCUCUCACUGAGGUAUGGCAGCUCCUCGAGUUGUUUUCCCUCCGCCCCUGUGUCUACCGCGGACACAGCUUCAGUAUUGCCGGCGGAACAAUCCGAUCCUAACUAAGAAGAUGGUGGUAUCGGUGCUUCAGCAUAUGAAGCGCCGCCAGCCGAAUGGCAAGUUGUACUGCAUGCAGUGCUACAUGCUGGCGACGGGAAUUGUCAGGAUGCCAUUCUCGCACAAGGGCGAAAAUGUUCCUGUUUAUAAUAAUAAGGACCAUUGUGCGGCAGAGGCCACUCGGUACCUAAAACACGUCCAGAAUGACCACCGCUCCCUCCGUGCAAAUCCUCUACAUGUGAAGUUCCUGGCGUGGCAGCUCAGGGACAUGGCUUUCUGUCGGUGGAACCGAAAUAGGCUAUUCCCCGUAAUUCCCCCCAUUCCCCCCCUUCCUCCAGCAGGUGCAGCAGGUCUGGCAGGUCCACCUGGGCCGCAGGGUAUACCUGGGGCGCAGGGUCUGCCAGGAGGACAAGGCAUACCAGGAGCACAAGGCCUGCAAGGCCUGCAAGGACCACCGGGGGCGCAGGGCCUGCAAGGACCACCAGGGGCAACUGGAGGCGGAGGCGGAGGCUCAGGCGGAGGUGGAGGCUCAGGUGCAACUGUAACCAGCGUUACUGGCCCACGAGGACUACGGGGUCCCCGUGGAUGGCCUGGUAUGGCUGGUGGACCAGGAUGGCCCGGGAGGUCGGUACAAGGCCCGCCCGGAGUAAGAGGGUUACAAGGGGCAACAGGAGCUACUGGAGCUACUGGAGCUACCGGAGCUACCGGAGCUACCGGAGCAACGGGCCCUCCUGGCUCACAAGGUAUAAUCGGACUGCUAGGCCCCGUGGGUCCACGCGGAGUAUUCGGGCCAACUGGAACCCGUGGACCUACGGGUUCUUCUGGUGUUCGUGGAGAAAGAGGACAGCAGGGGAAAACCGGGCCGAUCGGGAUCCAAGGCUACCAGGGAGAUCGUGGAGAGAAGGGAGACCAAGGGGAGAAGGGAGAGAAGGGAGAUAAGGCAGAUGUAGUGUAUCUCAAACGAACGAUUUAUCAGCUGUCAACCAUUGUGAAGGAGCUCAUCAAUGCACAGACUCAGCCUCUCUCUGAUACCAUUGUCAAGGCCCUCAGUACUAUAGAAAUAUUGGAAGGCCAUGAAUUCAGAAGGGAGCAAAAACAAAUUGCCCAUCUCCGUCGGUCCGAGGUGUCGGGAUCCUACCCACCUCGGUCGGCUGGUGGGGGUACAAGUCGGGAUGUUAGUGGGGGAAGUGGAAGUGGGGGUGUGGGUGGUGGAAGUGGUAGUGGUGGCAUGGGUGAUGGAAGUGGUGGCGUGGGUGGUAGUGGAAGUGUGGGUGGUGGUAGUGGUGGUGGAAGUGGUGGCGUGGGUGGUGGUAGUGGUAGCGUGGGUGGUGGUGGUAGUGGUGGUGGUAGUGGUAGUGGUGGCGUGGGUGGUGGUAGUGGUGGUGGUGGAAGUGGUGGUAGUGGUAGUGGUGGCUGGUAG